CGCUUGUGGCAUUCGCUGCAAAUGUGUUUUUUUUUUGACAUAUGAUUCAUAUAUAACCUUAUCUCACUCCAUCACGUCGAAAAAACACGCCUUGCAUUUUCUAAUGCUCACUGGGUGCUAAUUUUCGAACGUACCCCCAAAAAGCAAAAUGGCCGAAAAGUCAAAAUGACAAGUGACAUUUACGUUCCCCUUCCAUCAAUUUAUUCAAAAUUCCUUUCCGAUUAUUCGAUUCCAUUUCAUUUCUUUCUUCUUUCUUGUCGACGCGACGACGCAACGUUGAGUCCUCCAUCUUGUAUUGUUUUUAGCAUUUUUCCAAACAGCAGACCCAUUCCGUAAAUAAAAUGGCGGAUGCAGAAGAUCUUCUCGAUUACGAAGACGAAGAACAAAAUGAGCAAACUCCGGCCGAAGCAGCGGCCGAACCUAAAAAGGCGGUAAAAGGUACCUACGUCUCCAUUCACAGUUCCGGAUUCAGAGAUUUCCUUUUGAAACCGGAAAUUUUACGUGCCAUCGUCGAUUGCGGUUUCGAACAUCCUUCAGAAGUUCAGCACGAAUGUAUUCCCCAAGCGGUCCUUGGCAUGGACAUCCUAUGCCAAGCAAAAUCCGGUAUGGGUAAAACCGCCGUUUUUGUCCUGGCCACUCUCCAGCAACUGGAACCCACAGAAAACCAGGUCUACGUACUGGUGAUGUGUCACACCAGAGAGCUGGCAUUCCAGAUCAGCAAAGAGUACGAACGGUUCAGCAAAUACAUGCCCACAAUCAAAGUGGGUGUGUUUUUCGGUGGCAUGCCCAUCCAAAAGGAUGAGGAUGUGCUGAAGAAUAGUUGUCCGCAUAUUGUUGUCGGGACACCUGGCAGGAUUUUGGCGCUUGUCAGGUCCAAGAAGUUGAACUUGAAGAAUUUGAAGCAUUUUGUUUUGGACGAGUGCGACAAAAUGCUGGAGUUGUUAGAUAUGAGAAGAGACGUGCAAGAAAUCUACAGAAACACACCACACGGCAAACAAGUGAUGAUGUUCAGCGCCACCCUAAGCAAAGACAUCCGCCCGGUCUGCAAGAAGUUUAUGCAAGAUCCCAUGGAAGUCUAUGUUGAUGACGAGGCCAAAUUGACUCUUCACGGUUUGCAGCAGCACUAUGUUAAAUUGAAGGAAAAUGAAAAAAAUAAAAAAUUGUUCGAGCUUUUGGAUAUUCUAGAAUUUAAUCAGGUUGUCAUUUUUGUCAAAUCAGUCCAAAGAUGUGUGGCUUUGGCCCAACUAUUGACCGAGCAAAAUUUCCCCGCCAUCGGAAUCCACAGGGGAAUGGACCAAAAAGAAAGAUUGUCCAGAUAUGAACAAUUCAAAGAUUUCCAAAAGAGAAUAUUGGUAGCAACAAAUCUUUUUGGCAGAGGCAUGGACAUUGAAAGAGUCAACAUUGUAUUCAACUAUGAUAUGCCUGAAGAUUCAGACACUUACCUGCACAGAGUUGCCAGAGCGGGACGUUUUGGUACCAAAGGCCUUGCGAUUACUUUUGUUUCAGAAGAAAGUGACGCAAAAAUUUUGAACGAAGUUCAAGACAGGUUUGAUGUCAAUAUUACGGAACUUCCGGAUGAAAUUGAUCUCAGUUCAUAUAUUGAAGGACGAUAAUUCUAAUAAUAAUAGUAUCACGUAAAUUUAAGGAUGUUUUGUUAAUAUUAGUGUUAGUUUGUGUAAACACUCUUGGAAUUGAAGUUUUCUUUCAAUAAAUAUAGGUUUAAGUUUUUAGACUAAUGAAGAAAAAAAAAAAGGUUGUUUUAAUAAUUUCCACUAUAAGUAUUGAUGUUUUAGUCAGGUGAUAUUUUUUUAUUCUUGUGUAUUAUGGAAAGUUUCCAUAGAGAAAUAAUAAAUGAGGAUUUUGAUUUUGUAA